UCAGGGUCCACAAUGGGAGAUGAGCACGAGAGUGUCCCCCUCCCCCAGGGAUGGAAGAGCUUCAUGUCGCCCCAAGGACGCAGAUACUAUGUCAACACCAGCAGCAACGAAACGACGUGGGAAUGCCCUGCUGGUGCCCCUGGGCCUCAAAAGACCCCGUUGAAAUUAAAGAGCUCUACAGGAACUUCUUUGUUCCAGCAGGACAAAUGUCCCUUGGCUCUACGGAAGACCAGCUCUGAGAGAGAGGUAGGUCAGAUCAAGAGCCAGUUUGUUUUCUGCUUUCAAAUUAAAAUGGGGCAUUUCUACACUCUAGAGGCCCAAAAUUAG